AUGCAGGACUCAAUGACAGAAGCGGUGCUGCCGCCAGUGGGACAAGUGCAACAGGCUCAGGCUACAGCACAACCUGAUGCCAAUGGCAAUGCACACCAGGCAGGUGGCAUUAGUGCAGACGAAAUUGCCCUGUACGAUCGCCAAAUCAGAUUAUGGGGAAUGCAGGCGCAGGAAAAGAUCCGUUCCGCCAACGUCCUCCUGGUCACUGUCAAGGCGUUGGCCAACGAGAUCGCCAAGAAUCUGGUUCUUGCUGGCAUCAACUCUCUGACCAUUGUCGAUCACGAGGUCGUUACCGCCGUCGACUUUGGAGCUCAGUUCCUGCUAUCCGAGGAUGAGGGCCACCUGGGGAUGAAUCGCGCUGAGGCGGCCAGCAUCAACCUGCGCAAGUUGAACCCUCGCGUCAACGUUAUUGUCGAUAAGGAGGACAUCCGGACAAGAGGCCCCAAUUACUUCCAGAACUUCAGCGUCGUCAUCGCCACUGACCUGGAUCCUGAUGCCUUCAACAUCAUAAACCUGGCCACCCGCAUCGUGAACAAACCCUUCUACGCCGCGGGCUCGCACGGCUUCUACGGCUAUAUCUUUGCCGACCUGAUCGAGCACGUCUUUGUCAUACAGCGCGACGAGGGCAACGUCGCCACCAAGUUGCAGCCCGAGUCUAGGACGCGGGACAUCAUCGAUGUCCAGGUGAAGAAGGAGGGCGGCAAGUCCAUCGAGCGCGUCACCAAGCGUGAGCGCUACUCCACUUGGACGUUGUCCGACGUGGCGCCGCUCCCCGAGGAGUACCGCAAGUCACCCCGCCGCCUACGUGCCGUUACGCCCGUCCUUUCGUGCCUUCGGGCGCUUUUCGAAUUCCAGCAGGAGAAGGGCCGCCUACCCGCUCUCAACCGCCGCGAAGACCUCGAACGCUUCACGACGCUUGCCACCGAACGGCAUCACAAGCUGGGACUGCCCGUCUCGACGCUCAAGUCCGAAGUGCUCCGCAGCUUCCUUCAGAACAUUGGCAGCGAGCUGGCCCCCGUGACUGCAAUUAUCGGCGGCCAGUUGGCCCAAGACGUCAUCAACGUGCUCGGCGCGUCGCAGGCUCCCAUCCAAAACACUCUCAUCUUUGACGGAAACACCAUGGAGGCCAAUAUGUACCCUCUCCAUCCAGAAGAUGACCAGCUCGGCAGCGGCCAGCUGGUCUUCUCAUCCCCGGCGGGUGUGCAGUUUGCUGUGGAUAGCAGCAACGCCCUGGCUGCUGGUGUGGUGCCGGAUCCGUCGUUGAUGAUCCCUCCGGUGAAUAUGGCCGGCCCGGACAUGACUGUGCCUGGACCGGACAUGACCCUCGGACAGUAA